AUGCCGAAAAUUCCUUGCAAUUCAGCUAUCGCUUUUGCAGAUUUAAUCAUACCAACCUCAUAUAUUAAUUGGUCUCCAUUUUCAAAGAAGAAUAAAUUGACGUUUGAAACAAAGGAUGAAUCAACUCUUGAUGUUGAUUACAAAAAUUUGUCGCCCCAACAAAUUGAUUUAGUUCUUGGUUUAAAGAAUAAAUUAAGAGAAAUAGAGCAAUUGAAACAACAAACAAGAAAUAUUGAAAACAACAAAAUCCAACUUCAUUUAAAAACAAUAGAGUUAAAGAAUUCUUUUGUUCAAAUCGUAGAUUUUUCAAUACAAACAUUACAAACUAAAAAAUUAAACAAUUCAGUUCUUAGGCUUUUUAACAAAGUUUUAAUUGAAAUUCAAAAUGAUUAUAUUGCAAAAACUUGGAAUACUGAUUAUAAAUCAGAUACCAAUAAGCCGAUCCGAUUCAAAGAAAGUAUUGACUACUUGGAUAACUGCUUUACGAUAAGACAAUUGAUUUCCCUUUUGGAUUUAUUGAAUUUUAAUCUAAAUAAAGAGUUGAUGAUUUCUAAAGAAAACAAAAAUUUCAAAUUAUUUCCCCAAUUAUAUUCCUUAAUUCAAAAAAAUAUUGAUUUCCAAAAAGUUGUAUGCAAGAGAAUUGAGUCUCUGGUUAAUUAUAAGUCAUAUGAAAUAGAUGAAAUAAAUCUGAUUGAAACAGUUGUCAAAUGUUUUAGUUUUUUCUUUAAAUACUUGAAUUUUAUCCCUAAUAAUCAAGAAAAUUCGCUUAAAGCUCUAGAAUUCGUAUUGCAAAAGUUCUCCAAAUCAAGCUUAAUUGCAGAUGACAACGAUUUAAAUUACUUUAAACAGUUGCUACUAUUUGAAAUAACUGAAAAUUUGUUUAAUUUUAAAGUUCAAUCUCACAAUUUAGAUUUAUUAUUAAAUUUGUCUGAAGUUUCAAAUUUAAUUCAGUCAAACAACAUUAUAUAUAUUAAUUCAAAUUUAAUUUUAAAGAUUUUUAAUUCAUUGAAAAAUGAUCAACUUGAAAAAAAAUUUGUCGAUUCAUAUUUAAAAAUGUUCAACUUAUUCAUUAUUCUUAAUAACUAUGAAAAGCUUCAUGUCAAUAAAACUCAAGACAGUGGAACAAACAUUUAUAAUAAUGGUAAUUCCAUUGAUUUUGAUUAUGCCCUUUUAAAUUAUAGCAACAAAGAAUUAUUGAGGUUCAUUACAUUUUUUAUGAGCAAUGAGCAAAUAUCUGAUGAUCUACAAAUAAUUUUAAAAAUCUUGCAAAUCUGUGAAGAUGAAAAUCUAAAUGAAGAGACAAAAUUGAUUUUCAAUACGAACUUAAUUCCAAGGUAUUUCCCAAAUGCUAAAUUUGACAAGGAACAUUUGUAUCUAAUACACAAUGAAGAAUUUUUAAAAUUGGUGAUAUGGAAUUCAAUUAAAUUUAAAGAAUUGGAAAGCUUGGGUAUCAACUUGAUAGAUCACAUUGAUAGCACAAUAAAAAGGGACAAAAUGGGUAAAUCAUUAUCUGAUAUUGUAUUGUCAUGGGAGCUAAACCGAUUGACAGAUUUUGAACCAGGAUUUUUAACAAGAAAUGAUAGAUUUUUAAAUAAAAUUGAAGAGGUUUCAAGUUAUAAGCUAGUGGAGACUGAAAAGGAGAAGGAAGUUGAGAAUUACAAUAGUCUUGAGGUUGAUUACCAUUCUCUUCACAGGAGCCUGUGUUAUUUAGAUGUUAACACGUUAAACCACUUACUAGAAACUUUAGUUAUAAAAAAUCUGCAUUCGGAUUCUGUGAAUGAGUUGAUUCAGCAUUUUAAGAAAACAUAUCUGAUUGAAGAAAAUAUAAGGACAUAUUAUCUUUUAAUUGAAACAUUAUUAAAUGAAAUUAGAAGUGGUAAGAGUAAAGAAGAAAAUUUAAGAAAGCUAACAGAUGCCCAAGAUAUAUUUAUUAACAGUAUUAAAAGUGGAAUGGAUUGGGUAGAUUCUAACAAUACUAAAUUCAAAAAAGUCAUUCCCAAAAUCUUUGAGAAAACCUUUUCAACAGAAAUCAUUGUUGAUGAAGAGGAUUUGAAAGAGCAGUAUAAAUUUUUGAAAAAAUUUGAAAAAUCAGUUAAUACUAUUGAUAAGAUUAGUUUAAACAGUGUAUUGAAAGCAUUUUUAAAAUUUGAUUGUGUUGGAAAUGUAAUACAGUUUUUGUCUGAUCAGUUGGAAAUAGAUAAGGAAAAUAGUAAAACAAAUUAUUAUUACAGAUUGUCGUUAAAUAAUAAACUAAAUUAUGAUAUUUAUUACACAUUGAUUUGUUAUUUCAUUGAAUACAAGGGAAAUGGAGAAGACGAGAUUUGUUGGGCGGUUUAUGGGUUGUUACAAGAAUAUUUUCAGUUUCCAUUUGAAGAUUAUGGAGCAGUUUUGAAGAAAUUGAUGUACAUCAAUAAUCCCAGGGGAGCACUAUUGGUGUUUCAGCAAAUGAAAAGAUAUAAUAGGUUAUAUGGAACACCCGAGCCAGAUACAGAGCAUUAUAAAUUUUUAAUAUCAAGUUGUGGAAAGUUAUUAUUUGAAGAAGGGAUAUUACAAUUGCAUGCCAUGUAUAAAAUGGAUUUAAAAAUAGAAAACGAUAUUGGGAUUUUGAAUUCAUUUUUAGAAGCAUAUGGAAAUAUUGUUGAACCAAUAAAGGUGCGAGAUAUAUUUGAAAGUAUGUUAGUUACACCCAGAGGCCACAAAAAUUUUAUUAACCAUCAAACAAUUAAUUAUACUUUGAGAGCAUUUUCGACAUUUGCAAUCGAGGAUGUUUAUAUUCUCUGGCAUAAUUUAUCAGAUUACGAAAUUGAGCCAGAUUUGAGUAAUUAUUUGCAGUUUAUUAAGUGCAAUAAUUAUCGAAGAGAAUAUAUUAACUUGAUUCCAAUAUUCGAAGAGAUGGAAAGAAGCGGAAUAGCAGUCAAUAAAGAUGUUUUAAAAAUUACAUACAAUGGAAUAGCAGGAGUUGCUAAUAAGAAAGUGUUCAAGGAAUCAUUGAAGACUGAGCAUUUGGAAAUAUUGAAUGAGUUAGAAAGUGAGGGGCAGUUGAUUCAUGAUAAUAUUGAUCCACCAUAUUUGCUUGAUGAUUUAGAGAUAAAGCAGGAACCACUAAAAGUUUCAAGCAAAGAAGUUGUACAUAAAAACUUUAUUGAAUGA